AUUAAUACCCUCAGUCACCCCUUGAGGUGUUUUAAGUACAAAAAUGAAAUAUUAAUAGCAAAACAUAGCUGAAAUAAUGCGUGACAGACGGGAUAGGGACCGGGAUAGAGAUCGUGAGAGAGAACGGGAUCGGGAUCGAAACCGUGACAGAGAUCGAGAAAGGGAACGCGAACGCGAGCGCUACCGCUCUAAGUCUAAAUCCCCCUUGCGCAGCAGCAGAAACAGAUCCAAGUCCAAAAAGAAAAAGUCUAAGAAGUCGAAAAAAUAUAGACACAGCCGCAGCAGCAGCCGUAGUUCAUCUCGUAGCACAACACCGGAGAGUUCACGCAGCAGCUCAAGAAGCCGGCAGAGCAAAAGCCGAGACUAUGAAUACGAUUCUCGCAAAUCAAAAUCCAGAUCCGAGUCCCAGCGCACAAUACGAGCAACCAGUUCGGAGACCACAUCCCACCAGGCCACCGCAUCAACCUCAACAUCAAUUGUGUCCACGUCGUCCAUUAAAGCCAUCGACUUGCUGGAUUCCAAAGUGCAAAAAGCGCUAGAAACUAUUGAUGAGGACGCAUUUAAGCCUUCUGCAUUCUUCAGCAGCCGUGAUCGCGAAGCUGCAGACAAGGACAAAGUAGUUAUUGAUUUAAAUAAGGAAACAGUAACCGUACCCAAGCCAGCGGAAGCCCAACCCCCAAAGGAAGAUGAGAUAUUUCAUCCAAAUUUUUUGGGUGAUUCUGAACUGAAAGCAGAGAAGUGGCUGCGCAAGCUUUACAAUUAUAGACGAAAGUACAUUUAGCAGUUGCAGACCACAUUCUAUUUAAGAACAAUAAAGCUUAAGAGCAUAUUCAUCUAAAAAA